UCUGCCUUGGAAGAGAAACGUCGUAGAAAUACCGCUGCCAGUACGCGGUUCAGGUCGAAGAAGAAAGAGAGGGAGGCCGCUCUUGAAGGUCAGGUCAAAGAGCUGGAAACGAGGGUCAACGAACUUGAGCGGGAAUGUGAAGAAUUACGUAGAGCAAAUGAUUGGUUGAAGGGACUUAUCGUCGGCGUUGCUGACGUUUCUGAAGGAUCAGUGGUUCCAGCCCCUUGCGGGAACGAGACGACACAAAGAUCCUAA